CAGAAGUAUUUGUUUUAAUUUCGUUAUUUAAUUAUCGAAAGGUUCAAAACUUCGCAGAGAAGUUUACGAACGCAUGUCGAUAAAAUUUAAAUGGUAGGAUUUAUUGGUGUUUUUAUUUGAUUUUUGAGUAUUCUCUACUUAUUAUCACCAAUCUUCUAAGAGCAUGCUGAUCAGCUCUCAUCAUCCUCAUAAUAGAGAUAUGUGGCCAAGACUCUUUCAAAUUUCUCCUGAUUGUGAGAUCUUGGCAGCGUGAACGUUGGAGGUGGAAUCUGAAGAAGAAGGCUGCUACCUUCUUGGACUGCUGUGCAAGAUGGGGUCCAUGAUUAGCAGCUUCUUCCAAACUGGGGGGCAUCUGUUGUCUCCAGGGACCUCAAAGGCCACCCAGAAUGCUGUGCUAGCUCUCUUGCGAGAUAUGCGAGAGAAAGAAAUGUCUCAUAUAGAAUGGUGUCACAUUGAACGAUACAUUAGCAAUAUACCUAAGGGAGAAAAUAUAUUAUCAGUUCAGAGUGAAGAUGGAUACAAUUUACUACAACGAGCCAUUGGAUUUAAUUGUGUUGAGCUUGUAAAAUGGAUAUUAAAUCGUGGAUGUGAUGUGAACCGGGGAGCAUGCAGUUUGCCUUUACACAUUGCUGCCUUCCAUGGCACAGAGGAGAUAGUUGAACUUCUUCUGAAGCAUGGUGCCCGUGUUGAUCUAGAAGCCAGGAUGUGUUUUCCUGGUCCUCACAAUCAAAAUUGUGAAUUAAGGUCCUGCAAUGUCCCAGGAAUGGGUAUGCCGGACCGGAUUUCUGAUCGAUUGCAGUCUGCUGAAUAUUAUGCUAUUGACGGUGAUCAGUCAGAAAUUCUAGAGCUGCUAUUGGCGCAGGGUGAGGAUAAUUGGUUACCAUGGCAACAAAAAAGGCCUCUUUUACAUUUGGCUUGUGAAAGGGGAGCUUGGAAUUGUACCAGAUUCUUGGUAGCAGAGCGAUCAGAUGAAAUCAAUCAAUGUUACGAUGAGUACUAUCCUAUUCACCAAGCUGCCAUGCAGGAUCUAAAAUUUCUUGAAAUCCUUCUCCAAUGUGGUGCAGAUGUUUUAGUUAAAACUGCUACCCAACAAAUGACUGUACUUCAUGUUGUUUUGUUGUCGGGCCGGAAAUCUGCAGAAGCAACUUUGCAGACUUUAAAAAUGUUAUUAGAUCAUGGAUGCCGUGAAUUAAUCAAUGAACCAGAUACUCUUGGCAACACUCCACUCCACGCCUUGAUAGUCCGUUAUGCUCUUGAAGAAUCCCGGUUUGGGUAUGCCCAAGAACCUAGUCCUUGGAAUAAAUGGGACAUGUUGCAUAUGGUAAGAUAUUUACUUCAGAAUGGUGCUAGUCCGAGCAUUAAUCACCAAGGAAAUAGUGCAUUAGCAUGCGUUCUACGACACAUCCAGGAUUGGGAGUUCCGAUAUGAGCUGCUGGAAAUGUUGCUCAAGAAUGGUGGUAAUCCAAAUAGCGUAGGCCGAGAUGGAUCUGUACCUCUCAUGGUCUGUCUUGUGCCAUUGAUCAAUAAAGAUCCACUGCAAUUUCUGGCCCACAACAAGAAGGUAUUCUACUUGAACUCUGUGUUACUUUUGUGCAAGUAUGGUGCUAAUCCAAACUGUUCCUCCAGAAGUAAUUUGACUCCUAUGCAUGUUCUUGUCUUCACUGCCAGUGAAUAUAUUAUUCUUAGUAAGGAAGAGCACAAGAACCAGGCUUUUGCUUUCAUUCGAAACUUACUAGUCAUCUUACUUCAGCAUGGACUUGACCCAAAUGUUAAAUUUUCUGCACGAUAUGAACAUAUACUUAAGGCUCUAAUGGAUAUGGUAACAAAUGCACGGGUUCCAAGUGAUUUGCAUUAUGUUUAUGAUUUAACUCUUGUAUUGAUACAGUAUGGAGCUGAUCCCAAUGCAAGUAUUGGCAGUGCGGAGGCAACAAUUUGCCAUUCCCAGAGCUCUGUUUUUCUGUAUGUACAGUCUAAUUGGGUCUUAUGUCACUACAUCCAAUUGAUAGUCCGUAAGGAAGAAUUACUGAAUGAUGAGGAACAGACUUUUACAAAAUUAAUUUGGCUGUACUAUUACUGCAUGAAUCAUAAAGAACUCUUCAAGUGCUUCAAAAUGCUGAGCACGCAGACAACCCUUAUCCCUAUGGGCAGUGUUAUUGCAGGCUUAUUAAAGUACAUGCGUUCCCAUCCCAGAACCUUAAAACAAAUUUCCCGUGUUGCCAUCUGUAAUGCCCUGAAUAACAAAGUAGCACAGAAUGUAAAUAGACUUCCCCUACCUCUUCCCCUUAAAGAAUACUUGCUGGAUUGGAGGCCUUAGGUGAAUAAUGCCAAGUAUGUAUGAAAAUGUAUGCUGCUCCCCUUGAUAAUGUGUCGCUGUGAAGCUCUGAUCAUAGGUUCUGUUAUAAAAUUCCAUCUAUUAUCUUGGUAGAAAUCAAAAUGUCUGCCAAAUAUGGCAAGUAUAACUACUUUAUAUUGUAAGUUUGGUAAUUUUAUGUUUAAAAAAAAAACUACUAUAUUUGGCAUACUUGCUGACAAUCAGAUGACUAUUAAAUUACCAAUAAAGACUUUUUUUUUUUUAUACUUCAAAUUUAAUAAAUAUGUAAAAUUUUCUGAGAAAAGAUAUGCUUUAAUUUGAAAGAAAAUAUGUUUGUAUGCAUUUGCUUUUAUUCUUGGGAAAUAUAAUUAAUUUUCUGGUAAAAUUAUAUCUAAAAUUUACCCUUUUUUUAAAAUCAAAUAGUUUUUUUUAAUUGCAUAUUUCUAACAUUUAAUUUCAUAAAUCAGACUUCAAACCUUGAUUCAAUCCUGUUCGAUUGAUAAUAACAAAAUUAUUUAAGUAAAUUAUGUACUUUUUUUUAUUAGAAUGUCUAUUUUUGAAUUUUUUAUGGAAAGUAAUAUAAAGUCUUGGAAAUUGAUACAACAGUCAACUCAUGUUGUAUAGGUGAUGCUUUAUCAAGGGCAGACUGUACUACAUCCGAGCUUAAUGUAGCCAUAGAUUCCAGAAACAAUGAGAGGUUGUGGUUUAUUCUUUAUGAUUAGAAGGACUGAUAAUAAAUUGUUAGGUUAUCUUCUGCUUGACAUUCAGGAACAGAGGACUGCAAAAUAGAUUUGCUAAGGUAUUUAUUCUCUAUCCCCAUAUUCCUUUUGCUGCUUUUCUAUUCAGAAAAAUAAAAUUAGAAUCUUUACAUUUAGUGUUAACUUUCAGUUUUAAUCAUAUAUUUGUAAACUUUUUUUUAAUGUUCUUUUGAGUCUAUAUGAAAGGGGUGUGCUUAAAUACUAAUCAGUGAAAUAUAUUAAAUCCAUGUGUUUGUAAAGUUCAUUAUAGAAAUAUUGAUUAGUAUAUACAAGAGAUUAAAAUAUAUUCAUUUUAAUUAAGAGAUAUCUCCGAUUUUUUUUUAAUGUCUUGAAGUUUUAUUUGUGUAUAUCAGUUAUUUUACAAUAUAUAUUAACUUUUCAGCUGUUUUCAUCAAAUGGUAGAAUAUCCUGUAAAAUUUGUUUGGGCUAUGCAUUUGGAAAUUACUCCAAUAUUUAUAAACGAUCUUGAUGAAAAUUGUCCUAAAAUAUGAUAUAACCUAAUUUUCAUUUAAACUAAAAGAUGUGUGUUGAUUAAGGAUAAUAAAAAGAAAUUAAAAUACGAUGCAAAAUGUUAAUAGAGGAAUACCAAGGAAAUUAUUUUUGAAUUGUUGGAAAUUUAUAAUAUUAUUACAUAAUACUGGUAAUUGCAUUUAAAAGAAUUAUGCAUUAUAUUGUUUAUUAUCACAUUAGAAAUUAUUAUGUACUGUAAUAAUUUCUCAUUGUAUUUCAUAUUACUAUUUAAUAUGAAAUACAAUUAGAGCUUUGUCUGGAAUAAUCAGAAGGAUAAUGUGCAUUUAAAAAGCAGUGCAAGUUCAUAUUUAAUCAGUUUUUUUUUUUUUUUUUAAUUUUUAAGUGACAUUAUAAUUGGAUUGUGUUGUUUCAUUCAUUUAUUUUGUUGUAAAAGCAUGCCCCUUUUGUCUUGCAUCUGUAUGAACCAUUUCUUUUAAACAGAAUUUUUCUUUCAAAUACAGUAGAUGUUUCUUAUUAUUAUUACAAAAAGGAAAGGAUAAAAAUUUUUACCAUUCAAAUUUCCAUAAAAUACUUUCAUCAAAAACAUUUGUACUACACUUAUAAAAAUGAAAGGGUUUUUUUUGUAUAUUUAAUUAUUAAAUAACUUUUAAAGUACACAAUAGGUUCUUAUAGAUAGGGGAUUGAAAAAAUGAUAAAGAAAUUAAAUAAGUAAGUGUGAAUUUCUAGAAGAAAAUAGUAGAUAUGCCAAAAGUCACAUUUAUUAUUUUAAAAUUGUGUAAUGUCCAUUCAAGUUAUUCUUUUUCUUUUCUUACAGAAAUUGCAUUUUAAUAUUCAAUUCUGAUUUAUUAAGAAUUUUAUAUUUUAAAAUCUUUUUAAUAAGACAAAUUUCAUUCAUUUCUGUUUAAAAGAUUAAAUUUAUUGAAAUAUUAUAAUUGGGAACUAUUUAUUUUCUGUCAAUAACCUACUUUGUAUUUCAGAUGGUUGGAAGGAAAUGAUUACCUUUAUGUAUUUCCAAUUUUCCCUGCUAUAAAAACGAAGUAUUUUUUUAUUAACUGUGCUGCAAAGCAAGCAAUUAGUUCCUAUCAUGACAUUUAUAAUGCCAUAGUUGCAUGAUAAAUGUUAUUACACAUUAUAAUUAAACAGAAAAUUAUGCAGUAUGCAGCAUUUGUAUAUGUAUGUUUAUGCUUAUCAUUUAAUGUUUUACUGUAUCUGAGUAAGAAAUAUAUUAUUACAGAUUUUUUGGCAUUAUAACAGCUUUGCAUUGUUAUAAAGCAAGACUAUGAUGAUUAUUUUAUGAUGAAAGAAAAAUCCAAUUUAACAUGAUUAACAUAAUUAAUAACUAAAUUAUAUAAAAAUGUUAUUUAAUCAAUAAUUUAAAUAAAAAUUUAUAGAAAUAAGAUAAGCAGUUAUAAAUUCCAAAUAUUUUAAGUUCCAAAAAUAUUGUUAUUAAAAUUUACAUUAGCGGUACUAUAAUAUUAAUUUAAUAAUGCCAGUAAACAUGAAUGUGGCAGUUGGAAACAAAAAAUAAUAAAUGGUUUAUAUAAAAUUCAAGAACCAAAUUAAAAGAAUAGUUAUAAUAAUAAAUUAGAAUUAUGUUAACUCAAAAAAUAUGAAGCAAAAAUUAUUAUUUAAAACCACAACAAAAUUUUUCUUUUUGUUGCGGGCAGUAUUUACCUGAUUUAUGUAAUUUAAAAAUUUAAGUUUCUGCAAGUAGUUUAUAUUUAACAAACAGCAUGAAUUUCUCAUAGAAAUAUUUACCCAAACUGAAACAUUUUCAUUAAUGUUACGGUAGACAGUUAAGUAUGGUAAGCACAGUAAACCUUAUGCUGUAAAAGGAAUUCAGUUUAUAGCUAAACAGUUACUUAAAAAAAAUUAAACAUUGGCAAUUACAUGUUAAAUUUAAUUCAUUUAUCAGAUAUGCAUGUCAAUUUAAAGGAAAACUGUUAAUUGUACAAAAUUUUGGAUUGGCAUUGUGUUUAUUAUCUAACCUUAAUUCUUAGUUGUUGUUUCCCCCCCCCUCUUUACCUGAAUUCAUAAAAGUUACUUAUUUAAAUUUCAAUUUCACAUAAUGAGCCUUACAUGGUGACUAUAAUGAUAAAGAUAAAUCUACUGUUUUCUUCUUCUUCUUCUCCCCCCCCUCCUGUUUUCUGAAUGCAAGUAAUUUCAAUGGUUGAAAAUAUCCAAUAUAUAUUUCUAAUAAGCGACAUCUACUGAAUUUCUGAAUAUGACUAUACUUUAAAAAUUGGUAUAUAUUUCUUCAUAUUUAAAAUACUAAAUUCGAAAUUAAAAUCUGUUCUGAAAGGAGUCAAUUCAUGUGACAUUAUAGCCACAAUGCCGUUAUGCAAACCAUCUAACUGCAUAUUAUGCCAUGUUAUGAUAUUAUGUCUGUUUCUUCCUAUACUAUUUGCAGUGGAAUUUAAAAUUAAAUUCGAGCACUCUAAAAUUAAAUUGGACUUGAUGUGUCACAUAAGCAUGAAUUGAUUCCAAAUAACUUCUUUUCUUCCAUAUCUACUCAAACCUGCCAACUUAAAAGCUGCUCUUGUUAAUUUUUAUUAAAAUUUAUUUUAUUAUGACCUACAACCAAUCUAAAAAUUGAAGGGUUUUUUUUUUUUUGUAAUAUUUUAAAAAUAAUUUUAAACUGUAUAUUUCACUCCUGAUCAAUAACUGAUAUUAUAUUUCAUGUGUAUGUUCUAUAUUUGAUGCAAAUAUUUUAUUAAUAUAUAUAUAUAUUUCAUUAUGUGUGUCGCAAAGCAUUAGUGUUAAUGUUGUAAACUCAAAAAUCUUUAUAUUACUCUACUAUUAAAUCUUAAUUCUCUCCUAAUAUUAUAUCUUAUUGUUGUGUAAGGAAAUAAAAGUUUCUAUGAAAAAAGUUAAUAUUAGGUCUAUAUUUUUUUAUAUUCAUUUCAUUUUUUAAAUGUUAUAGGACAAAAAAAUAUGUAAUUGAGAAUGGCAUGAAACUACUUUGACUGAAAACAAGUAUAAUAAUAGGUGAUAAAUUUGCUUAUCCCUCAAGUUCUAUUUAGUUCUACACAAUUAUUGGAAAUCAUAUGUGUUACAAAAUAAACUUUUCUUUCUUAGUGUUAGUUGCCAAAGUAUGAACAAGUGCAUCUGACGUAGAAAACCUAUGCCAUGAUGCCACAUAUCCAAAUGCAAGGUGGUAGUAUUUGGCUCAUGUUUUGAAAACUCUUUCUAAUAGAAAAGGAAAAAAUUUUCAUUGUUCAUAUACAAUGAUUAGUACUAUGUUUUGACAUAACUUUAUAUGUGAGAGCAAAAUUAUAUCAGUGUGCCAUUAUCCAUGACAAAUCAAAAUUUCUGUGGAAUGUGUUAUUAUAAUUUUGUUGUCUGUGUGUCAGAUUACAUAUAGUUUUUAUAUAAACUGAUGUAUUUAUUUUGCUUUUAAAAUAUUUUAAUUAGAUGAAUUUAUAAAAAGAGAAGAGGAUAAAUAUUAUUUUUCAUUUUGUUAUUGGCAUAUAGUCUAAUUAAAUGUUUAAAAAAAUGUGCAGUUUUGUAACAAAAGCUUAGUGUGAUAUAGAUUGUUACUAAUAUAUUUUUUCAUUCCAAAUCAUUAUGUUAAAAUCCUCAAAGCAUUGGUGAAUUGGUGUAAUAAAUAAUAUUCUUAUGUUUCUAAAAUAUAAAUGGGAUUUUUUCUCUGUAUUUUUUCAAUCUAGAAUUUAUAUAUUAAAAAUUUCAUUGUAGUGCUUUUGAGAAUAGCAUCUUGAUCUAAGCAAAUGUCAAAAUAUGAUUUUAGAUGCAAUUUUUUAAAGACAAUUUGUAUGUACAACGUACAUUUGUAAAUAUAACUUUUUAUUUUACUAUAUGCUUAAUUAUUGCUUAUCAUGAACAAAAGAAUCCCACCUUUUCUACUGCAUUGUUGUAUAUCAAUGUUUACUCUUUUUCUUGGGGAUUUUUUAUCCAAGAACUUUUUUGGGUGUUGCACAUAAAAAGUUGCAGUUUAACCCAGAAUUCUAAAUAUGUAAAAUGAAUGUAUAAAAUUAGAGCUAUAUAUAUUCCAUACAUUUUUUGAUGUAAAUAAUUUAGAUUUCCACUGUUAAUUAAUUAGAUGUCUGUAUUUGAAUCAUUAUGUUAUAGGACUGAUGUCUUAAUGUUUUUUAAAGUGAUUAAUCUUUUAGAUAAACCAUUGAAAUUAUAUCUGUGAUAUGAGUUACCAGUUUUUGAAAGGUGAAUAUUUGUUUUAUUUUUUUUCCGGUGAUUUUAUUUUUUAAAAACCGUUUUCAAUGAAAUACAAUGUAUGAAUGAUGUGUGUGACAACAUUUCAACUAAUCAAAAAUAUAAUCUGCAGUUCUGUAGUUUUUGAAAAAGAUAUUUUUUUUGUAUCUUAAACCUCCAGCAAUGUGAUAACUCUGCUUAUCCGAAUUAAAUGAAGACUAGGCUAUUAAAAUUUGAAAAAUUCAUGAUAUUAAAUUUGAUGAACUUAGAAGUAUAGGGAACUGUAUGAUUUACUUAAAAAAUAAAUACAAUUCAAUUUAAUUAAAAAUUUCUUUGAUCUAUUAUUCACAUUUCAUUGUGGAUCAUUUUUAAAUUUUUGUAUCAUCGGAUGGUUUGAAAUUAAUUCACAGUUUAUUAAUUGGAGUAGAACUCCACUUAUCUGAAUGGAGAUCAAAUUGAUUAUUAAAAAUUUUAGAUGAUUGAAUUUUUAAAAAUAUAAUUAAAAAAACCUAAUUAUGUUUGAAAAUUUAGUGUGUGUGUGUUAAAAUUACCUAUGAAACCAUAUCUGUCCACUCUUAUCUAAUAUGGAUUUAGAUAAUUGAAGAUUCAUAUAAUUGGAGUUUCUUUUGUAUUUUAAGUAUCAUAAUCCAAUUUCUUAAAGAGAGAUAACUGCAUAUUCCAUUUUGUUGACACCUUAGCUAGCAGCCCAUUCUUCAAACACAGCAUUUGUAUCUCCAAUUUGAGCAUUCUGAGCCACAACAAGAUUUAAUUUGCAUAAGCCUUAUAUGUAGAAUUUAUCUGUGUAAUAAUGAGAAUGAAACCAUAAGCUUUUUGUGAUAAUCUCUAGCUGUUACUGUCAUAUCUUAAGAUGUUAUCAGGAAAUAAUCCUUAAUGAAAUAUAAAUCUUAUCUCUAUAUAUGUAUGUUUGCAAAUAGUGCAAUUUUUAUUAUAUGUGUUUGAAGUUAAAAAUAACACAAUAAUAUGUAUUACGCAAGAUGGAGUGAAAAAUUUGCAUGGAGUGUAAUUUUAUUUUACAUUAAAUAACUUAUGUGAUGUAAAUGUUGUUAGCUGACAUUUUAUGCAAUGAUCAUUUCAUUAUUUUAAGUUUGGCAUAAAAUUGCAGAAUCUGUUUUUGUGAGAAAGGAUUUAAGAGGGAUAUUAUAAGCAUUUUUUUACUUCUUGCAACAUAUUUUAUAUAAGCCUAGUAAAUGAAAGAUUACACAUCAAUUAAUCAUCUCUUGAAAUAUUUACUGAUAAUGCUGCUGUGAUUUUUUUUCUUAUUACUUCUAUUUUUUUAGAUAAUAAAUUAAUAUCAUUCUUUUUUUCAGUAUUUAAAGUUUCUUAGUCUUGCAAAUGAACUUGAUUCUGUUGCUGUUAAGAUAAAUUUAGUCAUAUUAUAUAAUCUUACAUGUGACUUUAAAAGACAAGUAACUUUUGUCAAAAUUAAAUUUCCUUUUUCUUUCUGAUUUAGAAUUUAAAAAUUUGUGGGAUUUAGUAUAAACUGAGGCCAAUUAUAUUUUUACUUUGAAAAUAAUUGGAAAAAUUAGUAUGAUCUAGAUAGGUUUAUGAAUUAUUAUGACCUAGAUAGCUUUACAUUUUUGGACAAAAGUGCUUGUGAAUUUUUAUUAUAUCUUCCUUUAACAAUAAUAUCUACCUUAAUUUUCCAACAGCAAGUAAAAAAUGAAUUUUUUAAAACCAAUUUCUAGUUUGUUUUUUUUAAAUAGAAAAUAAGAAUUUUUUUAUAUAUAUAUAUCAGUUGUGGGGGAAAAAAUGACAUAGUUUGUUAUUGAAGGGUUUUUUUUUUUAGCUUAUAAAAGGGUGCUUAUAUAAGCUUGUAUUUAUUGUUAAGAAUAUAUAUACUGCUUAAUUAAAUUACCUGCUAACAAAGAUUAUUCCAAAACUGUAGAAAGGAUAUUCAGGAUAUAAUGAUUAAGUAAAAGAUUCAAGAAUUUCAGCCAUAUUCAUACAGUUAAAUUGGGGAGAAUAAUAUAUGGUUUUCAAAUCACUCUGUUAAUAUCCAUUUUUCAGAUUUCAAAAUUAACUGACAAAAAAUUAUCUAGAAAUUUAGGAUUACCCUAUAUAAUUAACUGUUCAUUGAAAAGACUCGAUUUUAUUAACAUUUUCAACCAAAUAUAGAAUGUUCAUAGGUAAGGUAGUCCUUGCUAACAUUGAAGCAUACAGAUAUACGAGUACCAAAUCAUACAGAUGUAUGAAUACCAUAUAUCUGUAUGAUUGCAUACAGAUAUAUGAAUACCUGCAUGCAGAUAUAUGAAUACCAAAUUGUAUCUUCUCAUAAACACCCUUAUUUAAAACAACCCGAGCUAAAAAAUUUUAUUUGAAAUCUUAUAUUGCAACCUCAAAAGAAAUUGAACCUUUCUACAGUUUAUUUCAAAAUAUUAUUCCAAGUAGCUUCUGUAUACAGGUGUAAAAUAUUUAGCUAAAUUUUUGAGGUUCUUGUAAAGUUUAAUUUUCACACUCAUGUAUAGAAAAAGUGCAAUGACAUUCAAAUUGAUAUGUAAAUUAACAAGUUUAACAACUAUUUUUCUGUUUUGAUUCUGAUUGUAAAAUUAACAACUUAUGCUAAUUAAUGUAUAUUAUUUCAGAAAUAGGAUGCUAUUGAUUGAUAUUUGAACUAUACCUAUACUGUGCCUACUGUUUUCAAAAAUUUACUCUUAAAUACAUGGCCAUGAUAUGAAAAUGUCAUUUUUCAGAAAAUCAUGUAUAUUUGAUUUUUAUAUGCAAAUUUCUAAAAUGCUUCACAGCAAAUGUCUCAGUUGUACAAUUAAUUUAAGAGGCAUAUGCUACUGUUUGCAGGUUUGUAAUUGAGGGUUCAGUGUUCCCAUUAUUUAUGGUAAAUUUUUUAAACCUCAAAUAAAUUAUAAGAAAAAUAUUAAUAUUUUAAAAUCACUUAGAAACUUAAAGGAAAGUGUAAAAUACAAUAAAAAGAAAUCAUAGGGUUUUUUUUUGUUGUUGUUGUUCUGUGUGGGAAGAAUGAUUUAUUAAUUGUGCACCAUUAUAAAUCUAAGCAACAAAUAUUAGAAUAUUGGAAAUGGGUCAAAAAAUUUUUGCUACUAACUAUGUUGUAGGGUUUCACUUGGAAUAAGUUCUUUUCUAUAGAAAAUCU